AUGGCUACCUCUACAGCGCAGCUGGAUAAUUGCGAUAUGGGCUGGAUUGACAAAGAGAUUUCCGACAGCGUCAUUUACAACAAUCGUUUUGUCCCAGCAAUACCUGGAUGGGUGGCUGUUCGAGGCCGGGAAGAGCCUGAGAGCGUUAUUGAUGUCUUUGUCUCACCGCGGGCUCAUUGUGUGCUGUUGCUGUCUACUGUACUUGGAAGCGUAGAAGUAUAUUCAUUGCGCCCCAAUGAUUCGUGCAUGAUUCCACACACUGGGGUGACCCAUCGACUUACAUUCGAAAACUUCAGGUACAGAUGGGGAAGUCCGGAGCUUUUCUAUGCCAAGGCUUUACUUUGGGAAGACGUGCACCGAAGCGGCAAGAUGGAAAGCAAGCUACCGGCUCGAAUAUUGGACGUGGGAGAAGAGGUAUCAUAUGACGUCUCUCCAUCGCGAGGUUCACAACAAGUUCGACUCGUGGAAUCGAAGAAAGAGUCCCGUGGGGCCUAUAUGACCCUGAGCCAUCGGUGGAGUUCGGUUGAUCCCAUAACCACGACAAGGAGCAACAUUGAAAGGCACCGACAGGCAAUCCAAUGGAAGGAUCUAUCUCCCACUUUCAAGGAGGCCAUUAUAGUCUGCCGGGAUAUUGGUGUCCGAUAUCUGUGGAUCGACUCGCUGUGUAUUGUCCAGGAUGAUGAGGUCGAUUGGGCACGUCAGUCUAAGCUUAUGGGCGAUAUCUACCAUAAAUCCAUAUGCACUAUCGCAUGCCACGCGGCGGAGAAGAACGAUAAAGGAUUCUUGGACCGUACUUUCGACAAAGGUUCUGUGAUUGUGCAAGGCAAACACGAAACAGCUUUCGGGGUGUCAUUGCCAAGCGAAUUCUCAAGAGCAGUGGUUUAUGACAGUGUUCUCAAUUGGCGCGGCUGGGUUUUGCAGGAACGUUUAUUGUCUACCCGAAUAAUCCAUUUUAUGAAAUCGCAGAUGUAUUUCGAGUCACAGGGCGAUAACGUCAUUGCACUGGACACUAUGAAGUCCAACUACCUUGAUACCACACCAGGAAUACUUUCUCCCCAUCUACUCAGCGACAUAGCCUGGUCCGGUUUGUUCAAUAAGCAAGUGCAGCAAUGGCAUCGAAUUGUUGAGUGGUAUUCUUACUGCUCCUUGACCCUGGAGAAGGAUAAGCUCCCUGCUCUGGCAGGCAUUGCAACAAUGAUACAACGGCAGUCACAUGAUGACUAUUUUGCUGGCCUAUGGGGUCACACAUUCUACGAAGACCUGCUUUGGGUGGUAGCUGACGGCUUUCGAUCCAGAAGACCUAUGUCGCCUCGCGCUCCCAGUUGGUCAUGGGCUUCGUUGGAUGGGCCAGUUACCUAUCUCUCCCACAGGUCUAAAGACUGA